AUGAAAGGAAAUCACACUUUGGAAUCGAGACACAGGCGUUCUCUUUCUCUCGGAAGUUUUAAUCGCAUGCAGGCAAACUGGAAAUAUUCAAAGAAAGAGGUUAAGAAAAUGUUUGACGAAUAUUACAAAUGUAUUGAGGAGGCAAACAAGUCGGAAAAUCGUAUGAAAGAAGCCAUUACCGCAGUUCUUGCACUUGAAGGUCAGCGAGUCGACCUGAAGUGCCCGUCUUGUCAAAGACCAGAUCAGGAUUCUGUCAAGGCUAAACUGUUUUGGCAGCGCGCGAGAAACGUGGACUCGACAACCAUGCAUGUGGACCCUUCAGCGGAAGGUUUCAAACUGAAGAAAGACAUGACGCUAGUCAUAAAAAACGUUGAUGUUACUGACGCGGGACAAUACUUCUGCGUGAAAGAUGGCGAUUCUGAAGUCAUCUACCAGGUAGACGUCCUCUUCCGGGAACCACAACGAACUGUCUCUGAGAAAAAUAUGGAAACGUUACUUCCGGCUCAAAAGUUGAUAGAUCAUAAUCUUGAAGUAUUUACACACUGGUCAGAUUGGGGAGAAUGCGACCAGUGUGACAAACACGGAAAAAGACUGAAAAUAGGGACGUGCAUGGUACAGAAAAUAGACAUGGACAAGCCUAUCGUUCCAGUAGACAUUCCAAUUAUGAGUCUAUAUCCUAGAGGAGUUCCUUGUCGUUCUACGGUAUUGUCAAGACCUGUGGCACAUCUGCCAGGAAUUAAGGGAAGAAAAAGUGAAGUUUUGGACGGUAUAUGCUUUGUUGUAUGUCCAUCGACACCUCCUCCGAUUCAAGUGACAGACAAGAACGGUAAAGUAAUAGAAAUCAUUGAGGGUGGUUACCAUCCGAUUGAUAAACGACCAGAAUUGCCUCCCUUAGUUCAGAGAAAGGUUCUGUAUAAGGCAACUGGAACACAUGUUAAAUUGACAUGUCCCACCAAACAAAGAGGCAAGGUGAGAUGGCAAAGAGGUGAAAGGCCUAUAAAUACAGCUACGAUACGACGUCAAACUAGAGGAAGAGUUUUUGUUGACAAACUGAACCGUUUGCACAUCCGAAAGUUACGUAUACGUGACAGCGCCCCCUAUCAUUGCUGGGUUUGGCAACGGCAUGUUGGAGCAUUUAAAUUGAUAGGCUUUAAAAAGAUGAAUGAUAAUUUAAAACAUUAUAUUACUUAUGCAGGUCUGUUUUUAACGAUUAUUGCUUUCCCUAUAUAUUGCGCGUGCAAACUUUGUCUGGCGAAACCGAAAGCAAAGAGGCGAAAAAGAUGA